ACCAUAAUUGUUAUUUUAUUUAUAAAAAAUCCAAUUUCAGUUUCAGUUUCAGUUUCAGUUGGAUCGGCUUCUACGCGAACUCUUCUUAGAAAAUUCCAUUGUUUGUUAUUAGUUUCCUACUAUUUAAUUCUGAAAAUUCAGAGCUAAUCGAAACCCUAAAAAAGAUAUAAUGAGUGGCAACGAAUUUCGAUUCUUCUUGUCUUGCGACAUCAACCUUCCCGUUACCUUUCGCGUCGACAGAUUGGAGGGGACUUUGCCUUCCCCAAAUUCUCCCAAUUCAGGGACCGAUUCCACUACAGAGGAGAGGAAAGGCGAACUCUAUGUGGAGUGUGCAUUGUACAUUGACGGUGCUCCGUUUGGUCUUCCAACAAAAACAAGGUUGGAGUCUGCAGGACCGUUGUAUUGUUGGAAUGAACUAAUAACAUUGAGUACUAAAUAUCGAGACUUGACUGCACACUCACAACUUGCUUUGACAGUCUGGGAUCUGUCAUGCGGAAAAGAUGAUGGGCUAAUUGGUGGCGCUACGAUUCUUCUAUUCAACAACAAAAUGCAACUGAAAACAGGGAAACAGAAGCUUAGACUCUGGUUAGGGAAACAAGCAGAUGGAUCGUUUCCAACAAGUACUCCUGGAAAGGUCCCCAGGCAAGAGCGUGGAGAAUUGGAGCGUCUGGAAAAGCUUGCAAAUAAGUAUGAAAGGGGGCAGAUUCAACCUGUUGAUUGGCUAGAUCGACUCACAUUCAAGGCUAUGGAAAAAAUCAAGGAUAGGGAAAGCUUGAAAAAUGGAAGUUCCCAUUUAUACUUAGUUGUUGACUUCUGUAGUUUUGAACAUCGAGUUGUUUUUCAGGAAUCAGGGGCCAAUUUCUUAUUACCAUCUCCAAUAGCUUCAUCAAAUGAACUGGUCACUGUGUGGGACCCUGAAGUGGGAAAGAUAAACCCUUCUGAGCACAAGCAAUUGAAGCUUGCAAGGAGUUUAACUCGUGGUAUUAUUGACAGGGACCUCAAGCCUAGCUCUAAUGAACGAAAGUCAAUACAAAGAAUUUUGAAAUAUCCUCCUACAAGGGCCUUGAGUGGAGAUGAGAGGCAGCUCCUUUGGAAAUUUCGCUUCUCAUUGAUGUCUGAGAAGAGGGCCCUCACAAAAUUUCUCCGAUGUGUUGAAUGGAGUGAUGUUCAGGAAGCAAAGCAGGCAAUUGAGCUUAUGGGCAAGUGGGAAAUGAUUGAUGUCUGUGAUGCGUUGGAACUUCUAUCUCCACUUUUUGAGAGUGAAGAGGUUCGUGCAUAUGCUGUUAGUGUUCUUGAAAGGGCUGAUGAUGAAGAGCUUCAAUGUUACUUGCUUCAACUAGUUCAGGCACUUCGAUUUGAACGAACUGAUAAAUCUCGCCUUUCUCAGUUCCUUGUGCAACGUUCUUUACGUAAUAUUGAAUUGGCUAGUUUUCUACGGUGGUUUGUUGCUGUGGAACUUCAUGAUCCUGCCUAUGCGAAACGGUUUUAUUCUACCUACGAGUUCCUAGAAGAAAAUAUGAUUAAGCUGACAGCUGGAGAAAAUGGAGAAGAGGAUGGAUUUAAGAUGUGGCAGAGCUUGGUUCGUCAGACAGAACUGACAGCCCAGUUGUGUUCUAUAAUGAGAGACGUGAGAAAUGUGCGUGGCAAUACUCAAAAGAAGAUUGACAAGCUUAGACAGCUCCUUUCUGGUCUUCUUAGUGAACUUACUUAUUUUGAUGAGCCAAUUCGGUCACCCUUGGCUCCUAGUGUCCUUAUCACUGGAAUUGUGCCUUCGGAGUCGUCAAUAUUCAAAAGUGCAUUACAUCCUUUGCGACUAACUUUCCGAACAGCCAAUGGUGGACAAAGUAAGGUCAUAUUUAAAAAGGGUGAUGAUAUUCGGCAAGAUCAAUUGGUUGUCCAAAUGGUGUCACUUAUGGAUAGAUUACUAAAGUUAGAAAAUCUUGAUCUUCACGUAACUCCAUAUAAGGUGCUGGCAACUGGACAAGAUGAGGGCAUGCUGGAAUUCAUACCAUCCCGUUCUUUGGCACAGAUUCUUUCAGAUCAUCGUAGCAUUAUAAGCUAUCUACAGAAAUUUCAUCCUGAUGAACACGGACCGUUUGGGAUUACAGCCACUUGUCUCGAAACCUUCAUAAAAAGUUGUGCUGGCUACUCUGUUAUCACAUAUAUACUUGGAAUUGGAGACAGACAUCUUGACAACCUUCUGCUUAGGGAUGAUGGACGCCUUUUCCAUGUUGAUUUUGGUUUUAUUCUUGGCCGAGAUCCUAAGCCAUUUCCACCACCAAUGAAACUUUGCAAAGAAAUGGUUGAAGCUAUGGGUGGAGCAGAGAGCCAAUAUUAUACAAGGUUCAAAUCCUAUUGUUGUGAAGCAUACAACAUUCUCCGUAAAUCCAGCAACCUUAUAUUAAAUCUUUUCCAUCUCAUGGCCGGUUCCAACAUUCCUGACAUAGCAUCUGAUCCUGAAAAAGGCAUCCUCAAGCUCCAAGAGAAGUUCCGGUUGGACUUAGAUGAUGAGGCCUGCAUACAUUUCUUCCAGGAUCUUAUCAAUGAGAGUGUUAGUGCCUUGUUUCCUCAAAUGGUUGAGACUAUUCACCGGUGGGCUCAAUACUGGCGCUGAUCUCAAAAUCAAGUUCAGGAUGUUGAAUACCUGUUGUAAAUACAUAGGGGUAUAUUUAGCUUGCCUCCUUUGCUCUCACCCCCACUUGGACUAGCCCUUCAAUAUUUUGAGGUUGUGCCCCGUUAGUUCAUUAAGGUUUAAGGCAAAAAAGAUCUCACAGUGGCUGAAACUGACUGGGCUAUCAACCAAUGAUAAAAUCUGACAGGUUUAUGCCAGCUGGUGUGCUCUCUGCGAAGGUCAUUGAGGAGGUAAACCCGAUCUGAUAUUGUGAAUGAUUGCAAAUAUAGUCCUUUAUGCUUGGGUUGUAUGCUCUGAUAUGACUUAGAACUGUGUCCACGAACUGGAUAGUUUCAACCAACGCGAUGUAUGAAUUUUUAUUUUUUUAUUUUUUGUUUUGGUAGAAUAUACAAAAGAUUACAUAGAAGUGUUCAUAAGUGAAUUGCCAAUAGUGUUUUCUUCUUUUAGGACCUUUUCAAUCUCCAUAGGGGAUCAUUAAACAUGUGCAAUUCUUCAUCAUUCAAGAGAGCCAGUUUUGCUAAAGCAUUUGCAAUCCUAUUAUUCUCUCUAGGAACACAUCUCAAAGUCCACUUCUCUUCAUUAGCUAGUAUUUGUUGAAUCCUCUUGAUUAGGGUAGAGUUUGAUCCUUCAAGUUUGCUGUUACUAAUAGCUACAACGAUCUCGAGAUUGUCAGAUUGGAUGUUGACCUCAUCGUAUCCUUGUCUGCGAUGUAUGAUUUUCAUGCCUUGGAUUCCUGCACAGGGGGGGUCCUUGCAGAUGCUCCUCUUGGAAGUAAUUUUGGUAAAGAUGUGGGCACAUAAUUUUUCCCACACCCAGAGCGUCUUAUAUUUAUUUAAACUUAGGUUAUGACUUUGUGUUGUGAAUUUGAAUCUUUAGAAAGUGUAAAGCUGAGAAAUGGAAAUAAAAUCUUAAUUUUAGUGA